GCCACCUCUACCACGGGCGUUCAGUUAGCCGGCAAAGCCAUAACCCAAGCUCAGUUUCAGCUGCUUCGGCAACAAGCUACUGCCCAGGUGCAAGUACCUCAAAUACAGGCCCAAGCACAAUCCCCCGGGCAAAUAAAGGCUGUUGCUAAGAUAUCCUCGGAACAGUUAAUGAAGUUGCAGAAGCAGAAGCUGCAGCUUUCUCAGCAAGUGGCGCAGACAGGAACAUUGACUGGUACUGCAGCACAAGUGCAAGUUCAACCACAGCAGCAGCUGGCAACCGUAACUGCUUCUCGAGGAGGAGCUGUGCUUACUGGAGCCACAGUGGCAAAUCUACAAGUGACUCGUCUGUUGCAGGCUCAGGGGCCAAUCCAAGCUCAACCAGGGCAGACAGCCCAAGUUGCUCUGGCAAAACCACCUGUGGUAUCCGCUGUUGUUUCAUCUGGAGGAGUCACCACCCUUCCAGUUACCAUGGCAGGAAUCAGUGUUUCUAUCAACCAGCCCCAGAAAGCUGCAGGUAGAAUAGUUUUAAUGAGAAACGUUUGUUGA